CUCAAACCCUUCGAAAGAAAAAAAAAAGAAGAAGACAGAGCCUAAAAAGAUGACGAAGAUCAACGCUCUAUGCCGUUGUCUCCUCCCGUGCAUCACACCUCCGACGAAUCCAACCACCGCGUCAUCAUCCACCACCACCACCGGAGUCACCAAGAAACGUCUCAGCACUUCUCUCAGAGACGACAUCAUCGACGUUCAAGACUCAGCCUCUUCCUCCGAGGCCACCUCCUUCUCCUCCUCCGCCGUCGACUCAGGUUCCCUCUCCCCCGUCGCGCCGCAGAGACCGUCGAGGACGAUGGUGAUCGGCACGCUUUUCGGGAGGAGAAAGGGACACGUGUGGUUCUGCGUCCAGCACGACCGUCUCUCCGUCAAACCCCUCCUCCUCCUCGAGCUUUCAAUCACCACGAACCAGCUCGUCCACGAGAUGGACUCGGGUCUCGUCCGAGUCGCUCUCGAGUGCCCCACACGACAGGAACUCAAGUCUUGCUCGCUGAAAUCCGUGCCGGUGUGGACGAUGUUCUGCAACGGGAGGAAGUCGGGUUUUGCUGUGAGGAGGAGCGCAAGUGAAGAGACGAGGGUGAUGCUGAAGAGGUUGGAGUCCACUACGGUUGGUGCGGGGGUGCUGCCGUGUGGAUCCGGGUCGGAUCUUGAUGAGGUGAUGUAUAUGAGAGCGAGUUAUGAGCAUGUUGUGGGUAGCUCUGACUCGGAGUCUUUCCAUCUAAUUAACCCUGAUGCUAACUCUGCUCAAGAACUCAGCAUCUUCUUGCUAAGGACGUCUUCCUAAUGGCCACCUUUUGGGGGUAUUUUUAACUUAUGAAUGCUUUUCAUCACGUUUUGUUAUUAUCUUGUUCAGAGAUUACCAAACGUUUGUUGUGUAGGGCUUUUAGGGUCUAGACUUUAGAGAGGUUUCAUGUUUUGAG